CACCAACGUAAUGUUAUCAAUCAACAAACGAAAAUUCAAAAGUCAGCAUAGAUUUUUAGACCGGCAAAGUUAAAACGUGCGUUAGUUUGGUGCCAAAAAUUUCAAAAGAAUCACAUCCAGGAAUCUAAAACGGGCAUGCCACGGUUAAAUUCCUAAGGUUGGUACCUGAAAAUCGAUGGAAAUCGAUUUUCCCGGGGUGAUUCAUCCCCACCGACCCUUGUUAAACGUAAAAACACCCCUGUGUCCGGGUCAGUCCUUUAAAUGCCGACGAAGAAAUUCGGAAAAAUGCCCCCCGAACAAGAAGAUUAUCACAAAUUAUUUCACGAACUGUAUAAAUUGCAUCCCGACACGAAUAGAAAAAAAUUAGAGUGGAAAAAGAAGAAGAAAAUGAAUAAGGGGAAGUAUAGAAAUAAGAAUAAGAUGGAAUUAUUGAAUGACAAUGACUCAGUCCCUCCCCCAGAUAUGGAAUUACCCUCAAAUGCAUCGUCUUUUGCUAUGUUCGCAUCUGUUCGAUUAGCUGUUUUGGAUAGGUGGAAUCGAUAUGCAAACCAAGAAUAUAUUCAAAGUAGUAGUUGUAUCCCCGUACCAAUUAUUGAUGAUAUUGCAUAUCAACAAAGUGAUGAUAGUGAUGAUAAUGAUGAUAUUAGUGAUGUCUCUAAAUAUCCAGUUACACCUCAUGUGGUUGGUUUAGGAUUAAAAUCAGUUUUCACAUUAAUUAAAGAGAGUCGAAACACUUAUCCAGGUUUAUGCACCAAAGCUUUAGUAGCUUUAUUCAAUGUUUUACAAAAUCAAACACCUGAAAGUUUAAGAUUGGAAUCAGAUGAAGUAUGUGAUUCAUUAUUUGAGAUAUUACAAGAUUUAGCCACUUCACAUGGACCGGAAAGUUCUGUACCUAAUAAUGGAACUCAUCUAACAGCUUUAGCAUGUGCUUGUUUAUUAUCUUUGGUUGUUGCACGUGGAAAUACUGGGAAAUUUUUGUCCGCAGCAGCUUCAUUAAUAAUGUGUCCGAGAGCAUUAAGUUUACAAAAUAUUAAGAUGCCACAUAUUUUAACGGAUUUACAAAGAAGCGUUCAAAGUGUCUUUUUAGGAAAAACAAUGAAAACGGAUUAUUUUCUUUUUGGAGUUCCCCAUCAAUCAAAAAUGUUGACAUUUCCAAUAACUUUUCCAUCCAGUGUGGAAAAAAAUACUUUUGAAUUUAAAUCUAUGACAUGCGAUGGUCAUUAUUUAUUUAUUUUCACCAAUCAAGGUUUAUUUAAAGUUGGUACAAGUUAUGGUGGAACUGUUAGGGGUCAUGUGUACAUGUAUAAACCUGAUUUUUAUCCUAAAGAUACUGGAACCAUUUUGUAUUGUGAGGGUAAAUUAUAUAUUAAAUUGGAUGGAAGGAGAGGUUGUGAAUUCUUAAUAAUUGAUAAAGAUUCUCUUUUAAUAACCGGAUCUGUACAACUUCAUUCAAAAGAUGCGACUGCUUCGGCGGUUUUUUCUUGUGGGAAUUUCCUUGGAACAAUAACACCAGCUAAAGAAGAUGGAUUUUUAGUAAGAGUUUUGGAUCAAAACUCAACCCCAGCCAGCUUAAAAUCAGAAUUAAGACUAGAUUUAGCAAGGAAAUGUGUUGAUGCUCUUGGUAUGGCUUCUUACGACGACGAUGUAGGCCCUCAAACGUUAAACAUAAAAGUUGAUGAAGAAAUUGGAAGCGUUCACUCUGGGAAAGAAUUUGGUUUACUCAGAACGACGACCGGUAAAGUUUAUUAUUGUGGAAAAGCUAGCGCGCUGGGUUUAAAACAAUCUGGGCCGGGAAUUGGAAAAUGGAGGGAAUUAAUUUUACCCAAAAACUCGAUUGUAAAACAAAUAGCUGUUGGGCACGACGGAAUGCAUGCUAUUUUAUUAACGGAUGAGAAAAAAGUUUAUUUUGUUGGUACAUCGCGAAGAGGUGAAGAUGGAGAUUUAAGUAAAAUUCGUCGCCAACCGAAACCAAGUAAAAUCAAGAAAAUGACUGAUUUUGAUCAUAUAGCUCAGUUUGUUGCUUGUAAUAGUGGUACUACAGCUAUUAUUACUGUACAAGGAGAGUUGAGAAUGUUUGGAAAGGAUGCUAGUCAUAAUGACCAACAUGGGCGUUUAAAAUAUCUUAGCGAUAAAUACAUAAGUAAAGUUGCUUUGGGAAAAGCUCAUGGUGUUGCUAUUUGUAGUUCAGGUCAUGUUUAUACUUUUGGAAUAAAUAAUAAGUUUCAAUGUGGAAGAGAUUUUAUUCCACCAAACAAAGAAGAAACUGUUAUGGCUAUGGAUACUUGUGGUGCUCAAGAUGAAUUGGAUGUUUAUGACGAUUUGGAAGAUGUUAAAGAAGAGUUACGAAAUCAGCCAGGUAGUUCAGAAGGAAACGAACCUGAUGGAGGAUUCUUAAGAAGGCAAAUGUGUCCCCCUAAUAUGCAUUCAUGGCUUUUUAGCAAAUGUAUGGUUUGUACUGUUUGUAAACAGUGUACUGGUUAUUCUUCAGGAUGUCAUUCUUCAGCAUUACCUGGCCGAAUUCCUGGAACUGAAUGUGGUUGUGGUGAAGGAGCAUCAGGUUGCGUUUUAUGUGGAUGUUGUAAAGAGUGCAGCCAGUUGCAGAGUAUCGAUAAUAACUUGGAAGUGGCGACAAACGACGUGGUAGGUGGUGGUGCUAAUAACGCGGGCGGGGUCGUACGGCUGGAGCUAAUGUACAGGGAGAAAGCAAAUGAGACGGCGCAGCCCCGCCACAGGGCCAGACUACAAGAGCAACUAAAAAGCCGAUUGGUUGAGGCACAAAAUAGGCGGAAAAACUUAGUAGGAGUUGGUGGUAAACAAAUUAUUAAAGGGAAAAGUAUUAAAACCCCACCUUCCGUGAAUUCAUCGCCUAGUCAUAUUUCAAAUUGUCCUAUUAAAAGAUCUAAUGGCUUAGCUAAAGAACAUAUUGGAUCUGAUGUUGAACGCGACACAACUCGAGUUGCUUCUUUAAUACCCGCGAAGAUUUGCAUUCCUGAUGAAAUCCCAGCUGUUCAAGUCGCGUGUGGAUUACAUCAUAGCGUGGUUCUUCUCCAAAAUGGCAAUGUUUACACUUUUGGAUCUAAUCAAUAUGGUCAAUUAGGUUGUGGAGAUAUUUUAGCCAAAGCAAGUCUUCAAUUAGUUAAAUUACCAUGUGCUGCAGCUCAGGUUGCAGCAGGAAGUAAUCAUACUAUUAUUUUAACAGUAAAAGGAGAAGUUUAUACUUGUGGCGCACAUCAGAAAGGUCAAUUAGGUCGUAUGCCACCACAAAACUCUAUACAUGAUUCAACCCAACCUGGUGGUAGCACAAAACAAUAUCAAAAUCCAAGAUAUCCUUGGUACGCAACACCAGCUCCAAUUCCAAAUAUUGGACCAAGAACAAGUAGAAAAGCAACUUGGAUAGGUGGUUCAGGUGAUCAAACAUUUAUUAAAGUUGAUGAGUGUUUGAUAAGUGCUUCAAGUUUAUCCUCAUCAACGAUCUUAGCGAAUAAAGAUACAUUAUUAAUAACCCCAAAGUUUGAUAAAGACACGAAUAGAUUUAAAUGUUUAGCAAUUCAUAAACAAGAUGGGGAAUGUGUUGCGUUUAAAGGAAACGAUCAAGUAAAUUUUCGAAACAAAUUAGUUUGUUUAGAUGGGAUUUAUAAUGUGCUUUGGGUGUAUAAUCCAAAUGGAAAUUUGAUUGAGUUGUAUAACGUUGGUGCCAAAGAAUUGUUACAAAAAAAUCUGAUUGAUCAUAAUGAAUCAGAAAGAAAUAAAAUCCCAUUGAUUUUAACACCAGAAUUAUCUUUACCUCUAAUUGCUGAGUGUCAAGUUACAAGAAUACAAGCAGCUAUAAAUUUACUUUGUUGUUUGGAUACUUUAACAACAAACGAUUUAUUAUUCAAUUAUCGUAAAGAUGAAGAUGUUACUAUGGGUAGUUAUAACGUUUUUGGUAGAAACGAUUACCAAGCUGUUAAUAGAUUUGAAAGUCAUGGUGGUGGGUGGGGUUAUUCAAUACAUAGCGUUGAAGCGAUUCGGUUUAUGGUUGACACCGAUAUUUUAUUAGGAGGACUUGGAUUGUUUGGGGGAAGAGGUGAUUACACUGCUAAAAUAAAACUCUUUGAUUUGGGAGCUGAGGGCGGUGAACAAGAAGGUGAUGGACAACUUAUAGGAGAAAACGAUGAGACUCCAUAUGAUUGUGCACCUAGACAAAAAUAUCAAAUGAUGUUUGAACAACCAAUACCAUUACAAGCUCAUCGCUGGUAUGUUGCUUGGUGUCAAAUAAAUGGUCCAAGUAGCGAUUGCGGAUCAUCAGGACAAACUAUGGUCACAACAGAGGAUCAAGUCGUUUUUUAUUUUAAAUCAUCUAAAAAAUCUAAUAACGGAACUGAUGUAAAUGCUGGCCAAAUACCGCAAUUACUUUACAGGGUAAUAACUCCAGAAAUAAGACAACCCAACAAAAAAUAUCUCGGAAUAAAUGAUAACCCGGUUACUUUAAGUCAAGAAUUUUCUAAAACCGUUACCGUUGAAUGUUUCCAUAGUCUUCAAUCUUUAUUACAAUGGGCAUGGAAUACUUUUAAACGCGGUAUAUCGGAUGGUACACAACAAAUGUACACUUUACUCGAAUUAGAACGACUUGUUUAUGUAUGUAGGGCAAGUUUAAGACUUUUAACAACGUAUACAAUCGAGAUUUAUCCAAAUAAAGUGUAUCCAAAAAAAGAGAUGCAAGAAACGAAUCAACUAGCAGAAUGUAUCGCGGAUGUUAGAACUUUAUUAAGACAAAUAAUGUCUGAUAAUUUACCAUCGAUAUUACAAAAUAAAAAAUCGUCCAAAGCAAAAGGCAAAAUAGAUAUGUCUUUGAUUCUUAUGAAUAGUAUUUUAGAUGAGUGUCAUGAAACUUUCGUAACAUGUUUUCAUGCAUUUUACCCAACAGCUUAUUUAAAAUGGACGUGUUUAUGUGAUUUAUUAUUCGAUAUAGAACAUGAAUCAACAAUGCCUACUGGUAGAAAUAGCCAAAGAUUACUCAGUGCACUUUUAAGAGCUUUAUCAGGUCCUACGGUUCGUUUAAGAAGUACAUUUCCAUUACUUUCGACUUCAAUUGGAAGAGAAAAUAUUCCACAUAAAGAAAUAAGUCCGUCGGAUAAUAAUUUUCCGGCUUUAAAUGUUUCGGAAUCACAUUAUUAUCCUCUACUUGUAGAACAAAUGUCUUAUAAAAGUCAACUGGAUUUAAGUAUGGGAGAUUGUUUAUCAUGGAAAGAUGUUUUAAAUAGACUCUUAAAUUUAAUUAGCGAACCCAUAAGAAAAGAAUUACUGGAUCAAAAAUCUUCUUCUUUACCAAGUUUAACCAAAAAUUGUUGUCAUUUACUUGCAAGGGUCGUCUCUGAAUUGGUUACACAAUGUACCACGAAUGAUGAUGAUAUUUAUAGCGUUUAUGGUCAUACAGUUCAUAUGACACCACCUCGAUUUACUAGAACGAAUCAAUCGAGAACUUGGAAUACCGGAAAUGGAUCUCCUGAAGCGAUUUGCUUACAAGUUGAUCGAUCUGGAAUAUCUAUCGUUGGUAUUGGAGUUUAUGGAGGUGUUGGACAUUACGAAUGCGAUUUAGAAAUAUUAGAAGAUCAAAACACUGUUGGUGUUACUGAAGGUGCUCAUACUCAUACCCAACGUUGGAAUUGUAUAGAAUCAGUGAAACAUUGCUUUGAAAGUACCGAUUUCAACCCAGAUAUAGCAGAAUUAAAAUUCCAUAGACCAGUUUCCAUUAAGGAAAAUGUUAAAUAUGCUAUACGUUUAAAAAAUCAUGGUGGUAAAACGAAUAAUGGCGAUGGUGGGUUAAGUUCUGUUAAAGGCUCGGAUAAUACUACGUUUACUUUUUCAACAUGCCCCUUGAGUUUUAAUGGAACUACAGUUGCGCGUGGACAAAUUCCUGUGAUUUUAUACCAAAGUAAUCCAGUUGAAACUGCCAGAGCUUCAAGUACUAAAUUAGAAAAAUUAGCCCGACAAGAAGCAAUGUCCAUGACAAAAUCAAUCGUUGACACAUCAUGUAAUCUUCUUUCAAUGGCAAGAGAAAAAGCUGAUGAAGUCGCCUCUGUGGAUAUUCUCAGUAAUACUUCAAUCAUUAAGAUUUUAUUACCACUAGUUAUGACUCAUAUAAGUUCAUUAGCUAAUAAUAAUCCAAGAUGUGCUGUUGAAAUUUUAAACUUAAUACAAGAAAUGUUACCCCACAUCGCUGCUUUAAAUUUAAUAGCAGGAAGUACAAUACCUGAUUGUAUGGGUUCAACAAAUUUCGAUCUUGAUAAUAACAUAAACACUACAAGUCAGCAUUAUGCGUGCGUACAAAGCGAACACCCUUAUAAACCAGCCACUGUCUCCAAUUAUCGCGUAAAAUUCCCGGAAAGUGUAAAAUGGAUUGGAAUUGAAUUCGAUCCAAAUUGUUCAACAGUCCAACCAGAGGACACCCUCCAACUUUACGUUCCUUCCAACAACGAUUUUUGUCUUGAAAUAAAGGAUUCGUCAGAAAUGGUGACAUCACCCUAUUGGCCUGUAAGCCAAAAAUUUUCGUCCGCAAAUCCUUGGCCUCAAAAUGCGCUUCUUCUACCCGGAAACGAAGUAAUAUUUUCUUUAAAAACUGCUUCAGAUUAUUUGAAGAAAAAUGAUGUUAGCGCUUAUGGAUUUAAAGCCAUGGUUAUUGGUUAUGAAUGGCCUGCGGUUAUUAACUCAGAAUUGAAACAUUUGGAAUCGGAAUUGUCGUUUUUAGGGGGAAUGUGUGCUGCUAAUAUGAUCAAAAAAGAUUUACAACUUCCAAAUGUACCAGGUCAUUCCAAUGAUAUUGAAGCAGAAGAAGCUGCUGAAAUCGCCGCCCAAAGGACGUUGACGAAACAUGGUGCUUUACUUUCAAAAGGAUUAGCUUUGAGUUCACCACCAACUGUUCUACAAGCUUUAGAUGGAACACUUCCUUACAGUGUUCAUUCAAACGAACGUAUGUUUCUUCGCGAUUUUGUAAAUUGCGUUGAAGGAACAAGCGGCGGUCGGUUAGCGCAAUGGCUUCAACCAGGUUCUAGAUUAGAUCCAUCGAAAUCCCACGUGAUCUUUUCCCGUGAAGAAUUUCGUUGCGGUUGGCCGGCGAUGAUCACAAUUCUCACUUGCGAUCAAUACGCCGAUGUAGUUUACGUAAAUCACGUAACAGUUGAGGCGAAAGCGAUUCCGAUCGACAAGAAAGAUCUGGGCGAUUCAGAUGCAGCCAGGAAAAUGCGUAGGGUCAGUCAACCGGAUCCGUUAGCUUUUGGUGGACUUCCCGUACCAACUCUAACACAUCCUUACGAGCCGACGAUAAGAGAUAAAAUGUGUUUUCAUGCCAUAACGGCAAUGAAGCCGUAUCAGAAUUAUUCAUUUGAAGAAUUACGGUUUACGUCGCCUCCGGUGAGGAGAUCAAGCGAGAAUAUGUUAGUUAGGCCGAAUGGUGAUGGGUCUUAUAGUGCUACGUGGACGCCAGCUUCGAUUGGCUGUUAUUCAGUGGUUAUUACUAUCGAUGGUUAUGAAAUGGAGGAGGUUUUUAAAGUCGAGGUGAAAGAACCUCCGCAAGGAUUAACUCCACCUACGCAAAAUUUCGCGAAGAAAUCCGCUCAUCAACCGAGUAAAUUAAGAAAAUUUAUCGCUAAAAAUUCGGCGGGAUUAAGAAUAAGAGCUUUACCUUCUUUACAAAGCGAACAGUUAGGUAUUGUCCAUGUUAAUGGCACCAUAGCUUUUAUUGAUGAAGUUCAUAAUGAUGAUGGUGUUUGGUUGCGUUUAUCUGCUGAAACAAUAAAACAAUACGGGUGUAUUGCCACUGGUGAAGCAUGGUGUCUUCAAUAUAAUCAACAUUUAGGAAAAACUUUAUUGUUACCGGUUGAAGAACCGAAAUCGACGUUAGAUGAGGUUAACGUCCCAACAAAUAGUUCCGUUAGAAAACAAACGGAAGUUAUUGAAAGAAAAUAUCAAGUUAUUAAAUCAGGCGCUUCUGGUCAUAACGUUCGUAGUGGACCAACUUUGGAUUCGCCAAGCAUUGGGGUUCUUGUUCUUGGAAGUAUUAUCGGGGUUAAAGAUUACAUGGUAAAUAAAGACGGGUGUUGGGUUCUUCUUGAUGAAUCAACGAAGAAACGAUAUGGUUUUAACGGAGAUUACGACGCCUGGUCUUUAGCUAUUGGACAUAAUAAUAAGUUAUAUCUUGGAAAUGUAAAUCAAAUCGAUAAUGAUGAGUUUUCACCACAACUUCCUCCGGAAACUGAUUUAUUAAAAAUAUUUACCAGCAAAGGUUACAAUUUCAACCCCGCAAUAACACCACAUGACACCCAAUUUUCUUUCACUCAAUCUCCAAUAGCUUCAACGGAUUUACCAGCUUCCACAAAUCCUUUUGUUUUUGGGGACGAACCGAGUAAACCGGAAUCACCCAAAAUCCCGCGGCGGGAUCGAAAAGAUAGUAAAUUGAUGGGGUUGCCGAAAUGGUUCAAAGACGAAGCAAAGAGUAGUGAAGGUUCCGAAUUUAGUGGUGUUUCCGUGAAAGAAUUAGUAAAAGCUAUUGGCGAAUCUCGAGCUAAUGGAAAUGGAGUAACUCCUCCAGAUACACCCAAAAGGUCUUGUAGCCCUCGAGGGGGGCGAUUUUCACCUAAACCAAUGAGUAGGAGUUCAAGUCCAAUUGCAGUUCCGGUGGGAAGGAUUUUAUUGCAAGAUAGUGGAAGUGGAAGUCCACCCCAUUUCGGUUCUCCACGAAGUAUUGGAAUAUCACCUUUAGUUUCAGGGACUUGUCAUGAAUUAUCAGUACGCAGAGGUUCAAAUCAAUCAGAUACCAGCGCUUUAGUCAGUAGUAUAACUCGAGAUAUUUCACAAUCACCGAGUCAAUCAUCACAUCCUCGAGAUUUAACUCCAAGUCCUAGCAGUUCUAGUCACACCAGAUCAGAAAUAAGCCCUCCAAGGACGCCUAAUAAAAGAGAUACAUCAAAUCUCGAACAACCCCAAUCUUCGCGAGUUCUCACACAAACGGGGACUCAAACAUCCCCCGAAAAUAAUGCACUCACAGACGUUUCAGUUAAAGGGCACUUCUCAAUAGGAACCGUACACAAAGAAGAACGACUCUCGCCAAAGUUAAAUCGAAAAGAUCGUUCCUCUUCAAAACCAAGAUCGAAAAGAGCAAUAUCGCCAGCAAAUGUUCCUUCGGUGUCCUCACCAAGAAUAAAUUACCCCACAAAUCAACCAUUAAAGAAAUCUUUAAGUCCAUCUUUAGCUGAGUCAUUUAGGGCAAUUUUUGCCGCAUUCGUUUGGCACGAAGGAAUCGUUCAUGACGCGAUGGCUUGUGCUUCUUAUUUAAAAUUCCAUCCAACGUUACCCAAACAAGGAACGCGAGUUGUCACAAGACACGGGCAUUCUGAAUCUCCCGUAGAUAAACGUCGCCAAGAGUUAUCGAAAGAAGAAAAAGCGCGCCAAAGACACUCUGUAGAAGUUGCAAACGCCGGAAAUUAUCUCCACAUCCAACCGUCCACAUUAGAAUCAUUAACUCGAUCAGCUGCCAACGCAAGUGCUAAUAGAUGCCGUAGAAGAGUUGAUGGAGUAUUUAAAGAAGAUACAUUAGAAGGGGGAGUUGGAUAUCAAACUGUUAAAGUUCUCCCACCUGCGUUGAAAUGUUUGGUGUUUUUAUGGGAACAAGUUACCUAUAAUUCAUUACAAACUAUGGCCGUUGCUAAAGAUAUCUACAUUUCCUCAUCGAAUAAUUGUGGUGGAAAUGAUGGACAAGCGAAUAAUCGAAGUGGUUCCAGCGGAACCGUUAAAAAUGGCGAACAAAACAUUCAAGAUUUGGAUCGCUGGAAAUGGAAUAACGAAGCUGGAUGGAGAAAAAAAUAUAAAUGUCGACCUGUAAAUUGUGAACUUUGUGGUAUUCGAGGUUAUGACCCUAUCACUAAGCAUAUGAAGCAAAAUCAUCCUGGUUGUGGUUUAUCAGCUGGUGGGAACGGGUUUGGUCCAGAUGGAGUGUUUUAUAAUGAAGGUUGGGCGGGAAGUUGUGGCUCAACUGGAGUUGCUUCAAUGGUACCAAAAGAUUGGUACUUAAUGUGCAUCCGUUGCCGUAAUAAAUACCAUUCAUUAAGAACCCUUCCAUCAACCUCAACUCAAAAAUCAAUCAAGCCAAAAGAAAAAGAGAAACCUCCACAACAACUUCCUGCUACAAAUUGCGAUUUAAAACCACACCUAAUUAUGCGUAAUAACGCGUUAUUCCUCCUAGACCUUGCGAGUGCUUCUGAUACGAACGUUGGAACUCGUCAAAGAAGACCUUCAUCAACAGUUAUGCCAAGCGUUUCUGAACGUCAUUCCCCACCGGAUAUCGGAGGAGGUCCGUUUAAUCCCGUUCCUCCAUUUCAAUGUCUUCAAGCUCUCGGUGCGGAUAAUGAAAUGCAAGAAAGACAAUUCUACGAGGAAGUACUAAGGAGACAAGAUGUUGUUGUUAGUGGGCAAAGACCGCUUUCAGAAGUUUCUUUAUCUGACGAAACGGAUAGUGCUAAAGGAACCAGGUUUCAUAGGUCCAUUUCUAUGGGUACUAACGGAGUACCUUGGUCUAGAACUGGACUUGAUGGAAGAGUUAUUAUGAUGAGGAAAAGGAACAACACCACAACAGAAACAACAAGUGAAUCAGAAUCUUUGUUAUUAUGUAAACCAUCUCCUGCAUUAUUAAAAUUAAUGCCCAAUAUGGAUGGUUCCUCAAUUGUGUCUAACGUAACUUCAGAUUCGGAAACUCAAGAACAACAAAACGAACAACGCCCUGCGACUUAUUAUUUAAUGGAACGACCCGUAAUGGAAUUUAUUACUGUCCCACAAGAUUUAGAUUCGCUUCAAUUAGCGAUGAGACAAGCUUUAAGAAAAGCAAUGUGUAGAGUUUACGCUAUGCAAGCUUUAAACUGGUUGUUAAGAUCCGUAACUCAACCGGUUUGUUUACACGAUUUAUUAUGGUGGUUUGUUACUUCCUUACAACAACAUCCCGUUAUGGAAUUGGAAGAUAAUGAAGAAAAUAAACCACCGAAAAACAAAACGGACGAACAAAUUUGUGACCAUCCUUUAUCGGAUAUAACAAUAGCCGGUGAAUCUGUUCACCCACUCCCAACCGCUUUUCACACUUUAUUACAAACGAUAGCAGAUUUGAUGGUUUUAUUACCAAUGGGUUCUGCAUUACAACAAAUGGCGAUGCGAUGUUGGGGUAUCAAAUUUACUCCGGCCGACCACACUUUCUUGCAUCGCUCCCAAGUCUUUAGCAAUAUAAGUAAAAUCUUAUCGAGGAGUGAAGAAAUUGAUGAUAACACAAUUUCGAUGCACGAAAGUUCGUUGAAUCAAAUUUUUCAUUCCGUGGAGGCUUUGCAGGAUUUAACGCAGUACUUGGAUAUUAAAGCGUCAUCAAGACAAGCUAUGGUCGUUAGUUUAAUAGAUGGAUCGACGGAAACUUUUUGGGAAUCUGGAGAUGAGGAUAGACAUAUGAACAAACAUUUGGUUAUCAGUUGUAGACAAGGACAUCAACCUAAAAUGGUUUGUGUUCAUGUUGAUAAUGUAAGGGAUUUAAAUUACAAAAUAGGAUCAAUUUAUUUCCAUUCUGGCCAAUCAGCCGAAGAUUUUCAUAAAUUAAAAGCUGUUGAUGUGGACAUGAGUCUAGUUGGAAGUUGGAUUACAUGUUCUAUUCCAGUUUCUGAUCAUUCAGUAAUAAAAAUUGAAUUAAAAGGCGUCGACAACACGGUUCGUUUAAGACAAAUAUGCGUCUUAGGCGAAAUAGACAGCGAACCAAUAAAAAUUGGUAAACAAUACAGCGCGACAACAAUCCAACAAAGAAAUUGUGAAGCAGAAACGCUCCGAGUUUUCCGAUUGAUAACUUCCCAAGUUUUCGGAAAAUUAAUUUUAGGCGAUCAAGAUCAAAAUAAUCCCGAUUCUGGUUCAGUUUCAGCAAGCGAAAGUUUAGAUCCUUUAGAAGAAAGUAAUGAUCUUCGAGAACAUAUGGUUGGAAUUUUAUUCAGUAGAAGUAAAUUGACCCAUUUACAAAAACAGGUUAUCGUUCAUAUUGUGUACGCAAUUAAAAAGGAGACGCUUAAAGCUAAAGAAGAUUGGGAAAUGAUGCUGUGCAGUAUCACCGGUGAUUCUGCAAGUUCUGAACUUAGUCAAGAUCCGACGAAAAGUUCGGAUACUUAUUGUUUUGAGAUGUUAUCGAUGGUUUUGGCGUUAUCCGGAAGUGCUGUUGGACGAACUUAUUUAUCUCAACAAGGGGGGUUGUUAUCGGAUUUACUGAGUUUACUUCACAUUGGAAGUGCAAGGGUUCAAAGACAAGUUACUUCGCUUUUAAGAAGAAUGUUACCUGAGAUUCCACCAGAAGCUUUAGCCUCCGUUAUGAACGUUGAAAGUUUACCUGUGAAAGAUUUUAGUAUUGUUUCAGCAGCUUCUAAAGAUAAUAGUCAUUUCGACACGAAUAAGAUCGGAAUCUUAGAUGUUUUCCUUAGUAUAAUAGCGAAAUCAUUAACUCUUCAAGUUAAAUUAAAAAGUAAAUUGAGUAAAACAACCGGGAAAGAAAUCAACACUGUUAAUAUUUCUUCUUGUUUAAAAACGAAGGACGCUUUUGGUGCGAGGUGGUGGUUAAGAGGAAGCGUUAGCAAAAAGCUUUCAGAAGUAAUAAUUCAUUUAAUAAAAGAUAUGGCUUCGGGUAAGUUAUCCGAAGCUUGGGCAAAUGUAACGAAAGCGGCGAUUGCUCAAAAUAUUUUAAAUUUAACCCAACUUAGCGAAGAACAAAGAAAUCCAUCAAUAUGUCUUCAAACGCCAACGUUAUGGAUGGCGUUAGGCUCUUUAUGCGUUUUGGAAAAGGAUCACGUCGAACGAUUAUCUUCAGGACAAUGGAGUCAAGCUGAUGGACAACAGCAAGCACCUCCUGGUCCAACUUGUACCAAUCAUGAUGAUGGGGAAACUAACGCGGUCGUUCAAUGUAGUAUUUGUGGAAAUUUAUGUGCAGAUUGUGAUCGAUUUUUACAUUUACAUCGUAAAACUAAACAUCAUCAACGACAAGUUUGUAAAGAAGAAGAGGAAGCUAUAAAAGUCGAUUUACACGAAGGUUGCGGUCGAAUGAAACUGUUUUGGUUAUUAGCAUUAGCCGAUGCAAGAACUUUAAAGGCUUUGGUUGAAUAUCGCGAGGGUGGACCAAUACAACGUACUAUUGGAACUAGUGGACAGUGCAGAUUUUGUGGAGCAGUUGGUACUUCUGGUUUAUUAGCAAUUGGAAAUGUUUGCGCAGAUCAAGAAUGUCAAGAUUAUGCUUUAUCAGCUUGCCAAAAACUUCUUACAUGUGGUCACAUGUGUGGAGGCGUUCAAGGUGAAGCAGUUUGUUUACCAUGUUUGCACGGAUGUUCUUCAGACCCCUCUUUAAGACAAGAUGCUGAUGAUAUGUGUAUGAUUUGUUUUACGGAAGCUUUAUCGUGCGCACCAGCCAUUCAAUUACAAUGUGGUCACGUAUUCCAUCUUCAUUGUUGCACAACGGUCCUAAUAAAACGUUGGGUUGGACCGAGAAUAACAUUUUCAUUCUCACUUUGUCCAAUUUGCAAAGUAGCCAUCGAACAUCCGGGUUUAAAAGAUCUCCUCUUACCAACUCAAAACCUUUUUAAAGACGUCAAACGCAAAGCACUCAUGCGAUUAGAAUAUGAAGGUUUGCAUACUUCUGAACCAAUUUUAACCCCGGGAGCGCGGUUUUUUAAUGAUCCAUCUGGUUACGCAAUGGAUCGUUAUGCGUAUUAUGUAUGUUUUAAGUGUAAUAAAGCUUAUUACGGGGGCGAAGCUCGCUGCGAUGCUGAAAUUGGUGAAAAUUACGACCCCGCUGAAUUGGUUUGCGGGGCGUGUUCGGAUGUAACGCGAGCUUGCGUUUGUCCGAAACAUGGAACUGAUUUUUUGGAAUAUAAAUGUAGGUAUUGUUGUUCGGUGGCGGUAUUUUUUUGUUUCGGAACGACGCAUUUCUGUAAUCCUUGCCAUGAUGAUUUUCAACGCGUCACUACAUUACCGAAACAUCAACUUCCGGUUUGCCCUGCUGGUCCCAGGGCGAAACAACUUGAAGGAGAUGAAUGUCCGCUUCAUGUUCAACAUCCACCGACGGGUGAAGAAUUUGCUUUAGGAUGUGGUGUUUGUAGAAAUGCUCAUACGUUUUAGAAACACUAAAUGAUAUUGUUGUUUUUUUUUUUGGGUAAAUCAUAAUCACUAUCAAUAAUAAAUGUAUUAUUGUUAGAUUAGAAUGGUAAUCACCCGCUGUGAUUUUAGUUCUUUUUUGUGCCAUAUGUCUUUAACCUAAUCAAAUAUAAACUUAAAAUAAA